AUGGCUUUCCAAGGCUUCUUCCGCAAGGCCUACUGGACUCUGGCCGCCUGUGGAUUGGCGUAUGCACUGCUACUCGGUGCUCUGACCCAUCCGACCAUACAACGAAAUGCCACAUACGCGCAUAACGUCAAUCCCACCAUCUUCCAGAAUUUGAGCAACGUCGAGCAAUUUGGCUUCCUACAUCAUCAGGUCCAGCCGUUCACUGUCACCACCCCGGAUAAUGUCACGCUUUUUGCGUGGCAUAUAUUACCUCUCCAUCUAUAUCACCAACAUGAAGAGGCACUGAAAGCGCAGAGUACCUUUGGGAUGCAGCCGUAUGCCAGUGCUGUAGAUAGUGUUGGCCUUCAGCUGCUCCUCAACGACCCGGACGCCACUGCUGUGGUCAGCUUCCACGGCAAUGCCGCGCAUAUUGCCUCUACUCACCGACCAGUGACGUAUCAGCAGAUGCUGGCCCUCUCGACGGCACAGAAGCCCGUUCAUGUUAUCGCUUUUGACUACCGCGGAUUCGGCCUGAGCACAGGAAGUCCAACGGAGGAAGGAGUGGUUGGAGACUCGAUAUCGCUGUUAUCUGCAUUGACCGGACAACCCGCAAGCCUUGGUGGCGGCAGCGACACAGAUGCUAAACGUCUGCAUCCUUCUCAGAUUAUCCUUGUUGGACAGUCGUUGGGGACUUUCGUGGCCACCGCUGCGUACCAUGAGUGGGUUCUGAAUCUAGGCAGAGCACCCUUCAAGGCGUUGGUAUUGUAUGCCAGUUUCACUUCCUUGCCCACCUUGCUAGAUUCUUACUCAGUUGGAGGGUUUAUGCCUCCUGUGCUAUCUCCAUUGCUGGCGUAUCCUCGGCUGCAGCAAUGGCUACUUUCCACGAUUGUGGAUAAAUGGGAGACAACCAGAAGACUGGUCGAGUUGGUGCAAGACGCUGCGGUUCAGCUGAAAUUGGUCAUGAUGCACGCUCGUGAUGACUGGGAGAUCCCCUGGCGAGAAGGAAGAGCAAGCUGGGACCGGGUACUGGAAGUUGCGACGGAAGGGGAGGUCAGUUUCGCUCGUGACCUGGACCUCGAAGAAUGGAAGGAUAUCGAUGGAAAGAAACACUUGCGAUGGGAGAGAGUGCGACACGGCGGCCACAACAGGGUGGUGACCAGCGAGCAUGCCAAAUUGGCCAUAUUACGACUCUUAGAAGAGGACUCAUGA